AUGGCUAUUCGCUCUGUUCUACCUUACUAUUUCGUUGGCCUUAAUACAUCGGACAUGCCUGCUUCCACUAACUAUAAUACCUACCGCAAUGUUCGUGGAAACCACAGCUCUCUUAUUCGAAAGAUUGGUGGCGAUGGUAUUGGUCUCCUUAAGAAUGAUAACACUAGUGGCGGUGGUCUUCCACUUAACAAGCCUCACCCGAUUCCCUAUCCCUUCGUCGGCCGUUUGCCUCGUUUCAUCAAUUCAUGGUCGGAAGAGGGUGCUGAUCGAAGCGAACUUUCCAACACUGACCAGGACAACUUGGUUCUCACCGUUGCCGAGAACUGCAACAAUACCAUCGCCGUAGUCCACGUUUCUAGUUCUCGAGCUCUCGAGGCUUGGAUCGAAAACGGCAACACCACAGCACUUAUCUACUCGGGCCUCUUUGGUCAGGAGUCCGGAAACAUUAUCGCUGAUAGUCUCUAUGGCGAUGUCAACCUGAGCGGAAAAUGGAUCCAUACCAUUGCCAAGAACGCAUCCGAUUAUCCUACUUCAGUCUGCAUGGAAAUUGAAUGCCCUUUCUCUGAGGGUGUAUAUGUCGAUUACCGCUGGCUUGAUAAGGAGGACAUUGAGCUACGAUUUCCACUCGGUCACGGUCUCAGCUACACUACAUUCAGCUACGGAGAAGUCACGACUGCAAUUACCAAUAGCUUAUCUCUGGCUUCUACAAAUCCAACUGGACAGCUUGGUUUCGGUGACCGAGUCGACUUCUACGAUGAAAUGGUCUCGGUAAACACCACCGUGCAAAAUACUGGAUCCUUGAUCGGUGCCGAAGUCGCUCAAUUGUACCUGAGCUUCCUAGAUGAAGCUGAUCAGCUAGUCCGUGGCUUGAGAGGAUUUGAGAAGUUCAAUAUUACACCUGGCCAGACUGCCGAUAUUUCGUUCAGCCUUCAUCGUCGUGAUAUCAGUUACCGGGACAUCUCAGGGCAAAAGUGGGCGAUUGCCAGCGGCACACACCUUUUCCCUCGGUUCCAGCUCACGCGAUCUGCAAGCAAACACU